GUAAUAUUUUGUGACAUGGUUUUGACAUUUCAUGGAUGCCGACCAUCGCUUUCAUUACCAGAAGUCCUUAACUGUUCGUUUAGUAACUUGACAAUAUAUCCUAAUGACGUCCCAUCCGAAGUCAAGAUCCUCGAUCUAUCGCAUAAUGAAUUAACGAAUAUUGAGAUACUUAACACAACCCCUCUUACUCAUUUGAACCUCUCCAACAAUCUUAUACAGAAAAUAAAGCAUAAUGCUUUUACAGAGUUGACCAACCUUGUUCACUUAGACUUGUCCUUUAAUCUUUUGAAAGGAUCCGACCUUCUCAUUCAGAGAUACCGGUUCGAAUUAAGCGAAUUCCAUUCUUUAAAAUUUUUGAGUUUUCGAGGAAACCCACUUGGCCUUGUAUCAAGAAUGACUUUUACUUCACAUGGAUAUCUUUUUCUAGAGGAGCUUGACUUAUCAUAUUGCAGUAUCACCACAGUGGAGGCGAUGGCCCUCACAAAUUUAGUGAGGUUAAAAAGACUGUAUCUACAGUACAACUAUUUGACAGUUUUUACUGAAGAUUCUCUGAGAACUCUGGGCGAACUAGAGGAACUCCACCUUGAACACAAUAAAAUUAAAACGCUUGGAGUUUUGGGAUUUUUUCCGCAGCUACACACACUUUAUUUGAAUUAUAACAAGUUGGAGACUCUAGAAGGGAACACAAUUUCUCAUUUAAACAAACUUGAAAAUCUUUUUAUAGACCACAACAAACUGAAAUAUUUAACACAUAAUACGUUUCCUAAUGGAUUAAAGAGGGUCUUUAUGGCAGGCAAUCCGUGGAGAUGCGACUGUAACAUGAAGUGGAUCUUAACAAACCCCACGAGUAAACAGUUCUUUAAUAACAACUCUUUAUUGUGUACCCAUCCGUCUCGGUAUCGCGGGAAAAACAUAUUGUCGUUAGAAGCAGACGACCUCACCUGUAUGACAUCAGCAGUUGGAGUUUUGGCUACCGUUCUGCUUACCCUGACGAUCAUGGUUCUAUCGGCGCUUGGAAUGACGGUUGUCUAUAAGAAGCGCCAAUGUUUGCCUUGUUUUAAGGACUCCAGUGGUCAGUAUGUGGCGGUUUACACAAUGGAUGACGGUCAGCGCAACGAACCUAGUGUUACAAUAUCAGACACGAAAACACUUGUCAAAGAAGUUGAAAUAUAUGCUUGAUUGUGUCGUUUAAUAAAA